GCUCCUUUCACUAUGUACUGUAUCUCAUAGUAAGUGCAAGGCGUGAGAAUGUCCACAGGGCAACUCCUAAUUUCUGGGGUGAUCAUCCUCUCCACUCUGUCAGGAGCACAUGGAGAUGAUGGAUACUACAGCUCCUCAGUGGUUCAGUGUCGAUUCAGCUCCUGGGACCUGACAGAUCUGGAGUACAUAAAGUCUUACUGGUUUAACAAGGAUCCGUACAUAGUGUUCAACAGCACAGUGGGGAAGUUUGUGGGGUACACUGAGUUAGGAGUACGAAAUGCAGAGGUAUGGAACAAAGAUCCAGCACUACUGGCACAGAUGCAGGCUCAGAAGGACAGAUACUGCAAGCCCAAUGCUGAAAUGAAGAUUAAUAACAUACUGACCAAGGCAGCUGAGCCAGAGAUGAUGCUGAGGCUGACGAGAUCAUCCAGUGGUGGUCAACCUGCUGUGCUGAUGUGCAGUGCCUACAGCUUCUACCCAAAGCCCAUCAGAAUGACCUGGUACAGAGAUGGACAGGAGGUGACCGGUGAUGUGGUAUUCAGUGAGGAGCUGGCGGAUGGAGACUGGUACUACCAGAUGCACUCCCACCUAGAGUUCACCCCCAAAUCUGGAGAGAAGAUCUCCUGUGUGGUGGAGCACUCCAGCCUGAAGGAGCCCAAGGAGUUAGUCUGGGGUGAGAACUCUGAGCCCUCCAUGUCCAGGGCUGAGAGGCAUAUGGUUGCCAUGGGAGUAGCAGAAAUGGUGCUGGGCCUGAGCUUCGCUGCUGCCGGCUUCAUCUACUACAAGUCCAGAGGGCGGAUCUCGGCAACCAAGACCAGCAUGGACAAAGGUUUUCAUCAGAUGAAUAUGGAUAGCAACUUCCUCCUUUGGCUAUUGAGUUCUUACAGAUCUUUCUCAGUGCACUGUGAUUCAAAGACCCCGGUGAAGAAAUCAAUCCUGAAUACCGUGUGCAGUGACCAUUAAGUUUGCUACCUGGUGUGAAUUAUACAAUAUGUCCUCUCACCACACUCUGAAAUAAGUGGUGUUGUUUCUUCAUUAAAACGUCAUAGUUUUCUUAAACUGUUUAGAAUCUAUAAUAGUGCCCAGAUGCUUAUGCUCCUCCAGAGCGAAAAGUAGUUACACAAUUAAUUACUUUUGAUUGCACAAGUCUUGAGACGAAGCACUCCAUAUUUUCAAAAUUUGAACAAUAUAUGUAUAUAUAUAUUUUAAUUGGGCUGUGAACAUUUUAUUGUAUAUUUUAAUUUUUCAUUUUACUUAGCCUGUUAUUCAUAGGAUGUUCCAGUACCGGGUAAUUUACCCCCCCCCCCCCCCCCCUCCCCCACAUCCCCUCAACAUUCUUGAUCAUUUUUAUACAUCGGUUUGUUAUGUAGCAAAGUCAUUAUUAUAAAUCAUUUGAAAGUUUGGACUCUUGGGAAUCAAUACAUGACAAUCUUUGAAAUGUAAAAUAUGUGUAGUGUCUUAAUCUUACUUUUUCUCAAUAAAAUGUAA